GAAAUUACUCUUCAGGUGGACUACAAAGGCGCUCCAGCGGAUUUAGCGUCCAACGUGAGAGUUACUGUUGACUGGGGCGAUGGCGGUUCGUUGGAGGUUGUUCCGUCAGCGAACUUCACCUCGCCUUUGGUGCUACGUCAUCGUAUGCUGAGAUACAAUAGGUGCCUCUGCCAGGUGUUACUUGACAAUCAGGUCUCCACAGUAAACAAAACGGUUGAGAUCGGAUACUUUAAACCGAUAUUUGCGGCAUCUUUGGACGUCUUCAUCGGCGACACGGAUGUGCAGGGUUAUGGCAAAGAAAGGAACAAAUUUACCCUCAACGAUCAUCUCCGUUUUGUUCCAGCGGCACUGGAUGGCACAAUCGAGAAGACUCACAUCAUCCUCAGACACAUUGAAACAGACACUGCUGUCCUCAACGUCACCUUUCGCGAACCAUUUUAUCUCUUUGAAGUGACCGCGCUGGGUCAUUAUACAUUAGAAGUGAAUAUGUCCAACUUCCUAACCUCCUUCCAAUUCAUCAAAUCUCUCACUGUUGAGACGCUGAUCCGAGAUCUUCGUCUGGCUCUUAUCUCAAGUUCCUUGGUUCCCAAUGAGAAUGGCCUACUUGCGAUUCAGUACCUUGGUCUAGCCAGUGAAGCCUGCCUCUGCCUGGCUCUUGGAAACGGAGUAAAUCGGGUUUUCAGAGCGUCCGAAGAUGCGCCGGAAGUCUGUGUUUCCUGUCCCAAUUACACGCCAUCGAAAACUUUAUUGAAGACCAGUAUGCAUACUUCUGUUCGCAUUCAGUAUCCUGAGCGAGGGCAGUACAUGGUUAGAGCAGAAGCACACGCUGGUUCGCAAACCGUUAGGGCCAAUCUCUCCGUUGCUGUUUUCUCUGAACAUUGCUCCCCACCUGGAACUUACCUUCAGAAUCCCAACUACGGCAACCCCAACACACCGCAGUGGAUCACGACUCUGGAUCGGAAGACAUUUUCCGCCGUAAAUGAUGGCAGCAUCUGUGGCACUUUUGGACCAAUCAGCUUUAAGUGGCGCCUGUGGCGACUGGCAAGAGAGACCGCGGAGCGGACUGAGGAGGUUGACAUUGAGCAGACGGAAGGACGAACCAACUUCCAGGUUUUUCUUCCACCAAGGCUCUUAAGACCAGGCCUCUAUGAGGUAGAGCUGACAGGCUGGCUGGAGUCGAGGUAUCAGGUGAUUUCUGGGCUGAGCACCUUUCUGGCGGUCCAAGAGGCCACGCUGACUAUCAAGUUCACUGAGGACAAUGCAGACAUCAUCAGCGUGUGUAUAGAAAAUACUCAGUUCUGUCUCGCGCCAGCUAACUUCUCGUUCGAUCCAAACGUUGAAGCGGAGUUGGCAAAGAAAGUGAUUACCAAUUGGACCUUCACCUGCCAGGCUCACAGUCUGGAACAAGUGAAUAAAAACGCAACUAAGCUCACUAUCUGUCCGCCGCUGUCGCCGCAGAUUUCCGCAGGUGUCCUGUGCUUGCAGCCUGCGCUUUUCGACCCCAGCCAGAUCUACAGCUUUACAGUCACUGGGAGUACGAGUACGCAGUGUGGAACGGACACCGUCAGUGUGAUAUUCGUUCCCGGUCGCAUACCUCAACUGGCGAUAAGGUGA